CUGUGCGCGCCGGGGGCGCCAGAUGUGCAGUCCCGGCCCCAGCCAGUGACCCAGCGCAGCCCUAGCGGAUCCGGCCGCCUCCCCAAUGCUGCGGGGGCGACCUUGAGCGCCCCGCGACGUACCUCGGCGGGGACCCCGACACCCCGAGCACUGUGCCGGGUCCCGUCCUUUCCAUCCCACUCGCCCUGACUUUGGACAUGGAGGGGGCCGCUGCGCCCGCGGUCCGGGACGGCCCUGACUCGGGGCCGGGGGCGCCGGGCUCUCCCCUGGAGGCGGGGGCGGGGGCGACCGCAGCCCCCGCAGCGGCGGCCCCGGAGCCCAGGAAGCCGCACGGCGUGAAGCGGCAUCACCACAAACACAACUUGAAGCACCGCUACGAGUUGCAGGAGACCCUAGGCAAAGGCACCUACGGCAAAGUCAAGAGGGCCACCGAGAGGUUUUCGGGCCGAGUGGUUGCUAUAAAAUCCAUUCGUAAGGACAAAAUUAAGGAUGAACAAGACAUGGUUCACAUCAGACGAGAGAUUGAGAUUAUGUCAUCCCUCAACCAUCCUCAUAUCAUCAGUAUUUAUGAAGUGUUUGAGAACAAAGAUAAGAUUGUGAUCAUCAUGGAAUACGCCAGCAAAGGGGAGCUGUAUGAUUACAUCAGCGAGCGCAGACGCCUCAGCGAGAGGGAGACCAGACACUUCUUCCGGCAGAUCGUCUCGGCCGUCCACUAUUGUCACAAGAAUGGCGUGGUCCACCGGGACUUGAAGCUGGAAAAUAUACUGCUCGAUGACAACUGCAAUAUUAAGAUCGCGGACUUUGGGCUCUCCAACCUGUACCAGAAGGACAAGUUCUUGCAAACGUUUUGUGGGAGCCCACUCUAUGCGUCUCCUGAAAUUGUCAAUGGGAGGCCCUACCGCGGGCCAGAGGUGGACAGCUGGGCCCUGGGCGUUUUGCUUUACACUCUCGUGUAUGGAACAAUGCCCUUCGAUGGUUUUGAUCACAAAAACCUCAUUCGGCAGAUCAGCAGCGGCGAGUACCGGGAGCCCACGCAGCCCUCAGAUGCUCGAGGACUCAUUAGAUGGAUGCUAAUGGUGAACCCUGACCGCCGGGCCACCAUCGAGGACAUCGCCAACCACUGGUGGGUGAACUGGGGCUACAAGAGCAGCGUCUGUGACUGUGAUGCCCUUCACAGCUCCGAGUCCCCGCUCCUGGCUCGGAUUAUCGACUGGCACCACCGUUCCACGGGGCUGCAGGCCGAGGCCGAAGCCAAAAUUAAGAACUUGGCGAAACCCGGGGCCUCUGAGGUCAUGCUGGAGCGGCAGCGGUCACUGAAGAAGUCCAAGAAAGAGAAUGACUUUGCCCAGUCUGGCCAGGACUCGGUGCCCGAAAGCCCAUCCAAGCUGAGUUCCAAGAGACCCAAAGGGAUCCUGAAGAAGCGAAGCAACAGCGAGCAUCGCUCUCACAGCACCGGCUUCAUUGAAGGUGUCGUCAGUCCCGCCUUACCCUCUGCUUUCAAGAUGGAACAGGACCUGUGCCGGACUGGCGGGCCCCUCCCAAGCUCCCCUGAGGCAGAGGUGCCAGGAAAACUUAGCUCCAAACAGUCGGCCACCAUGCCCAAGAAAGGCAUCUUGAAAAAGACGCAGCAGAGAGAAUCCGGUUACUACUCCUCCCCGGAGCGCAGCGAGUCCUCGGAGCUGCUGGACAGUAAUGAUGGGAUGGGCAGCAGCGUCCCAUCCCCUAGCCCUCCGGACCCCACCAGGGUGACUGCCCACAGCCUCUCCUGCCGCAGGAAGGGCAUCUUGAAACACAGCAGCAAGUACUCCGCAGCCACCCUGGACCCGGCCCUCGCCAGCCCCGAAAUGCCCACACUGGAAUCCUUGCUGGAGCCCAGCAUCCCUGCCGAGGGCCUCUCCCGCAGCUACAGCCGGCCUUCCAGCAUCAUCAGCGAUGACAGUGUCCUGUCCAGUGACUCCUUUGACCUGCUGGAUUUGCAGGAGAAUCAUCCUGCCCGCCAGCGCAUCCGCAGCUGUGUCUCUGCCGAAAACUUCCUCCAGAUCCAGGACUUUGAGGGACUCCAGAACCGGCCUCGGCCCCAGUACCUGAAGCGGUACCGGAACCGGCUGGGAGACAGCAGCUUCUCCCUCCUCACGGACAUGGAUGACGUGACUCAGGUCUACAAGAAAGCGCUGGAGAUCUGCAACAAACUCAACUAGCUCCCCGGGGUGCAGGGGUGGGCUGGGGGUGGGUACGAGGGAGGAAGGGAAGCAAUGACUUGUGCUAACAAACUGGUUACCUCUUUGCUGGCUAUGACAAUAGACUGAUGAGGAUUGGUGCCAUCUCUCUUGGCCAAGGUUGCAGCCUUGAGCCAGCACCUAAAAGGGAGAAGCGGGCUCUCUGCCAGUCCUGUUGACUGCCACUCAGAAUUUGGGUCCUAAAUUGGCAUUGGCAUUGGCUUAUGGCACCUCCUAGAGGAGCAGCUAUCCAGGGGAGGUGGUAUUGGCCAGCACUUAGAGGGUGGGGAGGAAGCAUAUGGGAGAGGGAGCAUUUCUCUAGAAGUCGUCUAAAUGCUUCUGGAGGAGGGCGAGAGAGACAGGGCCACCUGCUUAGGGUGAGCUCAGAGCUUUCUCCCUCUCUCCUCCCACGAGCGAGCUUGGCCUGACUGCAUGGGGCUGGCAAGUAGAUUUCAGCAACCCGAGCUUGAAUCGGUGAUCGAUUGAUCGUGGCUGCUGGCUGUGCUGGUGUGCGUAGCCCAGGUACAAGGGAAGGAGUGCUAUGAUUGAAGAGUCCUGGCUGCCAUGGGGACGGGAGGGGGCAGUGGCACUCGUGGCGUGUAGCUGCCGUCCUUGACCUGCCUAAGCCUUGGGAAAUAGGUUAAGGCAUCCUGUGGGAUCUACGCUAUCUCUUAACGCUACUGGUGUGGCAUUUGUCAAUUUGCUACUCUACCUUGAAUGGAAGACAGGGCCUGGAUCAGAGAGAGAAUGCUCUGAGCGAGGCAAAGGACUUAGAGUCAGCCCAUGGUGAUUUUUUGGCUUCUUUCCUGAUGUCUGCCUUGCUAUUCAGCUCGGCUUCCCAAGGGUGGAUGGGAAAAGGAUGGUGGUGUCAGAGGUCAAAACUGGUGUGUAACAGAGCUUGGGACUCUCUGUGGUCCUUGCGCGGAUGAGUGGAAAUUGACCCACACCAGCAAGGGGACAGCUUGUCAAUCUCUUUACUAUCUCAAUAUUAACUGGAAUGCCGCCUCCUGGGUUCAUUCUCACCUGCGCGAAUGCUCUGAACUGGGUGUGAUAGUGUCCAGUCUCCAGAGGAGUAACCGACUCACCCGCUGACCCUGCUUAGUAGUCCCCGACGGUUUCCCCAUCCACCACGUGUGGGUCCUCAGAGGUCGGCAUGUUUGCUUCUAGGAGUUAGCGUGUAGGUGGGAUAUUUGGAUGAGGAAAGGCAAGUCAGGCAGAAGGUGCUUCCCCCCCAAAUCUAGGUAUUCUGAGUCAUGGGUGUGAAUGCCUAGGCUCUGGGGGAAAAGAAAGUUUCGCCCAUUCAAAUGAAGAAGGUGUUGAGAGAGCAGAGUGGGUGGGAGGUCGCAUACUGAAGAGGAGACAUUUCCCUAGAAGUCAACCCCAUGGUUCUGGAGGAGGCAGAGACGAGGGCGAUAGGACGCUUAUCUUCAAAAGGAACCUACAUAGGUUUGGGACGUCGAGGUGCCCAGAUUGCAGGUGACAAGAUGUCACUCUCACAAUGAGAUGUCUUCAGACACUGGGUUUGGAAUUCAUGGUCUUAUUUGUGACUUUGGGAUGACUUCAGACUGCUGGGCUGGGAAAUGAUUUCGAGUUGACCAACUCUGGUAGCCACCUAGAGACAGAAGGAGGACUAGUCUUGGAGGUAUAUUUGGGAAAACCAACAGGCAACCGCCCUCUCCUAAGGAGAUGGCUGCAUGUCUCCCCUUUGCCACCAGCCCUGGGAUCCGUCUUGCACAUUCCGUCAGGUUGAGCCGAGGAAUGUAUUGUGGGAAGCUUCUUAAUUUCCUUUCAUUCAAUCCCACCUCCUUCCUGAGCUCCAGCACAGGUUCAGAGGAGAAGAAAUCUGUAGGUGGCAAACUGCGUGGGUGUGUGGAGGGCGUUCUGCAGCCUCGAGCUCCGGCGCCUGAUCUUGUUUUACGAACCCUUUUCGGGGCGCUGCUCUCCUCGCGUGGCAGCGGGCCCAGUGGGUGGCUGUCAGUGGGACUUAGGUCUAGCACCUACUUGCUGGUUGGCAUUUUUCCCUUUUGCCAAGGGAUUGCCUCUGUGUAGCAUUUUCCAGCCGUCUAAUCUUUAAAUAAAAAUGACACUAUUAAGAAAAUCCAUUCUCCCUCCCCGCUACCCUCCAAAAAGAAACACACAUAUACGUUCUCUUUGGUCAAUAAACCCAGACUGGAUCAUGGCAAAGACAGUGCUCCGCCCAGAGGCAGGGAUUCCAAGUACAGUCCUCCUGGUGUGCUGCUAACUGGCUGCUGGCCUCAGGCACCUGCAGAGUUUGGGGAUGAGUUUUCCCUUAGGUGAGACUGGAGGGGUGGGUUAGCUGGUCUCUCAGGCCCUGCCUAGUUGUAACAUUCUGCGAAGUCCUCUGAUUCUAGAUGUGAUGUUGACUCUGUCUUUUCAAGGAAAACCUCGGAAUAGAGGGGAAAACCCAGAAAAGCAACUUCCCUGCUUCCUGAUUAAGUCCUAGCGUCCCCACCUGCCGGUCCCCAGCCAAGGAGGUGGUGCUGGAUUCAUGUCCAUGGAAUCAUAAGGGAGAGACACUGACGACCUGGUGGACCUGGCAGGAGGUUCGGCAUCAUCUCUCUUGGGCCUUUCCUUGCCUCUUGGGCCUUUCUGUGUCUUAGUUUACACGUCUGCCAAAGGAGUAGAAGGAUACUUCUUUUUACAGGUAAAUUUCAAGGCAUGAUCAGUUUUCAGGAAGUGCUGCAAGACCCCAGGCAGAAUGAAAAAUGCUAAGAACUCACUGAAUUUCCAUCCCUGUUGUAAGGUGCUGCUGCUUCAGAUGACAGGGAGCACUUUUCAGGGUGGAGCUCAGGUGAGGGUUGCCCAGGCCUGCUGUCUUGAGUACAAAUGUGAAUGAUCGACUGACUGCUUAUUGCCAAACUGGAAAUGUUCU